AUGAAACCAUCAGAGGAAGAACUCUCAUUCGCAUCUACUUCAUCGGAGUUUAUAAUUUGCGAAGACUCAGAACCAGAACGACUUGCGGAACUUUCAAAACAAACUAAACCAUCAAGUUCAUCUUUGGCCAUUCAUAACUCAAGAGAACCUCAUUUAAACAAAUCAUCAACAAAUAUCAUUAAACCCAAUAAAAAUGAAUUGAAAUUAGCUUCCAAUCUUACUUUCAAGUCAAAGUCUCCAUAUUUUCAAAAGGCUAUCAUUCCUACUGAGAGUGGCAAAAUCGUCUCGUCGGUCCACAAGCUCAGUACAUCGAACACAACGCGAAUAGAGGAAUCAUCAACAGCAACAAAAUGUUCUUCUCUCGACAAACAAUCGCUACCUGAGAAUCUUGCUACGUCAAUCAACACAACUUCAAAUGCUAUCGAUGUUCAUGCUGAAGAACGCGGAACCAACUCGAUCCACGUAGAGACAGAUAGUAGCAUCGAAUUGGGAAAGUCGAACGUAUCGCGCUUCAUAGACCGGCAAUCUUCAAGGGGUAGCAAAUCACCUAGCAUACCACCUAAAACAAGGAUCAGAGCUAUCUCUGUAAAAUCUGACACCAUCAGCGCUAGUUCAAAUAGUUCAUCUGACGAAAGUGUCGAUAUCCCAUAUCAUACUCUUACUCGAUUGAAUAGUUGUCCAGCUUGUUCUGAUGAUUGGAAUACAUACAAAGCACCAAGGUCUAAAUUAACUCAUAUCAAAAAAUGUGCCAAAACAAAUCUCAUACGUCCUAAAGAUAUUACGACUCGAAUUCAAAAAAUCUUAGAUAAACAAAUCACGAAUGAUACCGAUUCUUCUUCAUUACUUGAUCUUCAUAUUCAAAGUAAAAAUGUACAACUUAAUAUAUUAGAAAAAGACCCUCAAGUUCAAAAAUCAUUGAAAAAUGAUCUACUUUUUAAACCUCCUCAACAAAGUAGAUCACACCAACCGAAUCCUUCUACAUCUGGACCAACUCAUCAUACGGCAGAGAAGCACUUUAUCGGCUCUGCGGAUAGUUCUAUCCGGUCUGGAACGCACGACUUACUACACCCUGGUAAUCUUCAGGCUUUGAAAGGCGACACCGAGCAAGCUAAUCAUCCACCCGCAACGCCAGCAUUGAAUUCUGGAGAUGAGCUUGCUACCCCAUCUCCCCCAGAUCUCAUACAUAGUUCGACAUUAUUGGCACAAGCUAGAUCACGAAGUCGUACUCGCAAUUCCUUGAUCUCUAGUAAUGGGAAGACACCUUACACUUUGUGGGAUGCCGCAGGCGGUCAUGAUGGCUUUGACUUUCAACGGUCAGUUAUCACCCCGAGAGCACAAUGA